CGGGUACUUCGUUUUGUUGGCACCGCUUGCACCGCUUAACCAGGGACAAAGCAAUUAUAGACAGAGCCUUAACGACACUCGAGAGAUACUGGAGCUGACACGUUUCUGACCUUCUGUUCGUUUGGCUCGACUCGUUCUUGCCACUUAUGAAACCCAAUACAUGACUGGCUUCACCUUGUCAAGUCGAGCCCUAUGCCACCAUGCGUCAAGGAGCGGACAGUCUGUUCGAGAUGGCAAGGCGAGCCUGUGGAAGAUAUAGCGCUCGCAUUACAGAUAUUGGAGACCUAGACUACGACUUGAUCCGUCCAGUCCUUCUAAAAAUUGAGAGCCCGGAGAAAUUGCACCAAAUCGAACAAGCAUCUCCGCAGAUCAUUGGCCGUGACUCCGAAAUAUGGCUGUCAUUCAUCAAGCGAGACAUUCCGGACUGGGAGCAGAAGCCGCAUCGACCAUCCGACCCUAAGAAUUGGUAUAAAGUGUACCGAAAGUUGAAGAAAGAGGCCCAAGAAUCUUCUACGGCAGAUGAAGCCAUGCUUAAAGCCGCAUUAGCAACCAUCAGCAAGCAAAAGGAGCAGAAUGUCACGCAAAUGACCACACGAACUACUCCGGCGCAGGGUCCUAGUCGAAGGGCGAGAGUCUACCACAACUACGUCAGCGGUCGGACGGGCAGUAAAGGGGCUAACAAGAUGACUCUGAUGGAAAAGAUCAGGAAGGAAGCCAGAGGCGCCGGCUCGAGUCAAAUGAGCCGGCCGAUGCAUGAACUACAAAAGCGAGCUACCAUGGUGACCAAGGCGCCUACACAGUUUGUCGAAGAUCUGAAAAGGCGGCCUUCGACAUCCACAACACAAUUCUCAUCUCCACCUAAGCUCUCCGCGUCAUUGUCAGCCUCGCGACCAACGUCCAGGCCGCCUUUACAUGCUCCCAGACCUGGUCGACCUCCCCCUGACACUGAUUAUCAUCUCACGAGUGACCGCGAAGCGAGGUUAAAGGCAUUAAAGUCCGGCAAAGAACCAGUGACGAGCUCCGCGCCGGCCAAUGUUCAAUUUACGGCCGAUUUUCUGGAAGAUUCGGAUCUGGACGACCAGCAGGACCAUCGUCAACCAACACGAGCUACGUCUACCCCGAAAUCGACACUACUCAGCGCCAUCGAUCACCUCGACCGUCCGCCAAGGAUAUCAAGUCCGAUGAAAGUCAAACCACAGCCUGUGACAACUUUGAAGCGCAAGCAGACUUCUUCCAUGUUCAUUCAGCCAGUGAAGAGGAUUGCUAGAGAUGCGGGAGGUCCGUCAUGAAAGAAGAAUUGUUGGACAUUUGCGGGAUGAGGUACCUGGGUUGGAUAAACAUUUUGAUUUUUUUUGAGCGGGGAGUUUGUGAUGGAUGGAUGACCUCAUUUUUUACUUGGUAUGGAGUUUAUGAUGCAUUUAUUGGUAUUGAGAACGUUGGGAAGGAAGGAAUUGAAGAUAUCUGGCGGCGCUUUCAGACUCCCAGAGCACAAUGGCUGCAUACAGUCGGUUUAGUUGUUGGCUUGUCUGGGAUUUUGCGUCAACUAUGUGGAGAAAUUCUAGAGAGAGAGAAAGGGACAGAAAGGUCUCUGUUGAUCCGGGACAAUCUCUAAUCAUCUGGCGCCGUCGAAUCGACCCACGUUGAUGUUGAUGCAUGAAACUAUGUGGUCCUCUCAAGACCAUCCAUUGCGCAUGCGUUC